GCUUAUCUCCCUUGAAAAUCAUAGGUGGCACAACGUGUUUAGUUUUUAAGGCAACGUUUAUAAACGGAAGUCAAAACGUGAAAUUAUCCGAACUUAUUGGAAGAAAGUUUUGUACAGUACUUUAUAGAAUUCUGUUGUUUCUCGGGAGGAACAAUCAUGACUGAAGAAGUAAAUCCUAAAGCCUAUCCAUUAUCGGAUCCACAGUUAACUCAUAGCAUUUUGAAUCUUGUACAACAGGCCUCAAAUUACAAGCAGUUAAGGAAAGGAGCAAAUGAAGUUACAAAAACUCUUAACAGAGGAAUAUCAGAGUUUAUAGUACUUGCAGCAGAUGCAGAACCUUUGGAAAUAUUACUUCAUCUUCCUUUACUCUGUGAAGACAAGAAUGUUCCUUAUGUAUUUGUACGGUCUAAACAAGCUCUUGGACGUGCUUGUGGUGUAUCAAGAUCUGUAAUCGCUUGUUCAGUGACAGUUAAUGAAGGUUCACAGCUUAAAUCACAGAUCCAGGCCAUUCAGCAAAAUAUCGAGAAAUUAUUAAUUUGAGAUACCAGUGUUCCAGAGAAAUGGACUGAACUGGAUUCUCACUUGAAUUUUUUUUUUCUUCUCCCAAUCAACCUGGAGAUUAAUUACAAUUUCUUCAGAAUAUUCAUUCAUUCAUUCCUAUGAUAUUCAUGUACAGUUCUACUAUUUAAUAAAUUUUAGAAAGAAAAUCUUGA